UGGCCAAUCUUUCACAAGCCCCGUGCCCUGGUUGGCGUAAGACAGCGCGGAAGCGAGGAGUUAAAGAGUCUUUGCUUUUCGUGGGGUCUGGUCUGGCCCUUCGCGAGUACAGUGGAGGGGGUAGGUAGUGGAGGAUUUUUAUUAUAUAUACUUCUCAUUUCCUUUCAGUUUUCUCUCUGUGCUAUGGGAGAUGCUAAAGAAUCAAAAAUGCAAAUAACACCAGAAACUCCAGGAAGGAUCCCUGUUUUAAAUCCUUUUGAAAGUCCUAGUGAUUAUUCUAAUCUCCAUGAACAAACUCUCUCCAGUCCUUCUGUUUUUAAAUCAACAAAAUUACCGACUCCAGGGAAAUUUAGAUGGUCUAUUGAUCAACUAGCUGUAAUAAAUCCUGUAGAAAUAGACCCAGAGGACAUUCAUCGUCAAGCUUUAUACUUAAGUCAUUCCCGAAUAGAUAAGGAUGUGGAAGACAAAAGACAAAAAGCCAUUGAAGAGUUUUUCACUAAAGAUGUCAUCGUACCUUCUCCUUGGACUAAUGAAGGAAAACAGCUUUCAGAGUAUCAUUCCAGUAAAUGUAUAAAUAUAAAUAGUGAAUCUCCAAUUGGAAGGAAGUUGACCGUUCAUUCUGAGAAAAGCAAUGCUGCUUGUCAGACAUUGCUGUCUCUUCCUGUGGAUUUUAACUUAGAAAAUAUAUUAGGUGACUAUUUUAGAGCUGAUGAAUUGGCAGAUCAGUCUCCUGAAAAUCUCAGUUCUUCAUCUCUCCGAAGAAAGCUGUUUUUAGAUGGGAACGGAAGUAUCUCUGACUCCUUGUCUCCAGCUUCUCCCAGAAGUCCUCAUAGUGGUACUCAAGCAUCACUUGAGGUUUUUUAUUCAAUUGAUUUAUCUCCUGUACAGUGUAAGAGCCCUGCGCAGACACCAAGUUCGGCGCAGUUUUCUUCUAGCCCAAUUCAGGAAAAUGGGAAAAAAUACAGUUUGGGAAGCAUAGCUAGUCAUUCACCUAUUUCUUCACCCACUUUGUCACCAAUUGCAUUUCAGAUAGGGAAGGCACCACUCUCAGAGCAAAGGAAGCUUGCUUUUCAUUCUCCUGAUGCUUCAUCUGGAACAAACUCUAAUGGAAUCACUAAUACACAUAUCGGAAGUCCGUAUAUAGAUGGCUGCUCAUCAAUUAAAAAUUGGUCUCCGAUGAGACUGGAGAUGUGUAGAGGUGGUGCUCAGUAUCGGACUUCACUGAUUCGGAUACCUUUUACUCUUGAGGCUCACAGUGAAGAUGAAGAUAAAGAGAAUGCUCCUCCCACAAAUGUCUCAUUACCAGCCAUGGAUACUGCUGGGGUACAACUACGGCAAUUGAAUAAUGAUGCUUUUUCACAUGGCACACAUUUAGUUGUGACUGCCAUGUCUAUUACACAAAAUCAGUCCAGUGCUUCUGAGAAAGAAUUAGCACUGUUACAGGAUGUUGAAAGUGAGAAGGAGAAUAACACUGUGGAUAUGGUUGAUCCUGUAGAGAUAGCAGAUGACAACACUUUCCACUUAAAGGAGGCAGUUGAUAAUGGGAAUCUACCCAUGACUGAUUUUAUGAGUGGAAUUGCCUUCAGUAUUGAAAACUCUCAUAUGUGCAUGUUGCCUCUUGCAGAAAGCAGUGUCAUUCCUUGUGAAAACAGUAACAUUCAGAUGGAUAGUGGCUAUAAUACACAGCACUACGGAAGCAAUAUUAUGGAUACAGUUGGGGCAGAAAGUUACUGCAAAGAAAGUGAUGCACAAAUCUGUGAAGCUGAGACUAAAUCUCAAGUUUUAAAUACAAAGCAAGACCACAUAACACAGAGGUGCUGGAAGACAACGGCAAAGCCUUCUCAGUGCAGCAGUCCAUAG